AUGGCCAACCGGAUAGCACCACAUCUGGUGUGUCUGACACUCGCUUGCCUGCUGGCUGCCGCCUGGGCGGCUGACACAAGUAACAACACUGUCGAGGUGUCGCUGAACCCAGGACAACAACUGCGGGGCUUCUACCGCGCGCUGGCUACAGGAACCGUCAUCUACAAGUUCUGGGGGAUACGUUACGGCCAGCCUCCAACAGGUGACAAGCGAUUUUCUCAACCUGAAGCAGCACCAGAGUGGCAAGGAGUUCGUGACGCCCUAGACUUUGGACCCAGGUGCUGGCAGUCUCCAGUAGGGAAAGGCGAGUCCGAGGAUUGUCUGUUUCUGAAUGUCUUCACGCCCACCUUGAAUGGGUCGAUCCCCGUGAUGGUUUGGAUCCACGGGGGCGCUUACAACACAGGAUCAGGGUCGGACUUCCGGUAUGACGGCUCAACGCUGGCCGACAGGGGAGUGGUCAUAGUGACCAUCAACUACAGGCUUGGAGCGUACGGGUUCCUCUCCACCGAGGAUGACGUCAUGCCCGGUAACUACGGGCUUCUGGACCAGGUGUUGGCGCUGAAGUGGGUACAGAAGAACAUCCACGCUUUUGGCGGCGACCCGAAUAAGGUGACCAUAUUCGGUGAGAGUGCUGGGUCUUCCAGCGUGUCCCUACACGUGUUGUCUCCCCUGUCAAAAGGCCUCUUCCACAGGGCCAUUAUGCAAAGUGGCUGCUCCCUGAGCGUCUGGGCGGUGGAGAGACCAGCGUCCGAAAUCAGUGUGGAGCAGUACACCAGACAGGUAGGAGCUAGAGUGGGAUGUAGUGACGAUGACUCCGAGAAGUUCCUGACUUGUCUGAGGAAGGUCGACGCCCAAGAACUGUUUAACGCCAGCUACGUGUUCAAACACGAAGUGGAUAUCGACAUCAUCGCACCGCCGAGAGUGGAGACCAAGUUUGGCUUCCUGCCGCACUACCCCCAGUAUAUCCUGGACAACGGCCUCUUCAACAAAGUGGACACCAUCAGAGGCUUCAACUCCGGCGAGUGGUCCUUCGUCAUCAAUGACGCUGACGAAGACGGAUUGACCAGGCGCGAGUUUGCCAAAAACUUUGCCAACGCUUUCAGUUCCUACUCGCUGAACAACAAAACCAAGAAGCACCUGUUGCAGAUUGUGAAGAGCGUCUACCUUGGCAACGAAACGAACCCGAUCGCAAUCCGCUCCAGCCUGAUUGAGGCCUUUAGGGACACGCUGUUUGCUGCCUCCGAGCUGCUCGAGUUGGAGAAGAUGCUGUCUCACGGCGGCGAGGGCUUCAACCACUAUGUCUACGAGCUGGCGUACCGUGUGCAGUCUCUCCUAGAGCUCCAGAGCCUAGGGCCCGAGUGGUGGGGAGUGAUCCACUCCGGCGAUCUCCCUCUGGUCUUCACGGAUGACCAAGUGGGUCUCGUGGCAUCCAUGACAUCUCCCGAAGACCUGGCUGUCGGCAACAAAAUACAAACCUGGUGGACCAAUUUCGCCAAGUUCGGUAACCCGACUGCCACAAAAGUUGACGAGGACGGAGUUGACGUUCGCUGGGAUCAAUACACGUUAAACAGUCCCCAGGUCUUGACCAUUGACCUCAAGUCCACGUUAGCUCCCUACUCCCGCCAGUCGGCGCUGCAGCUGUUUGAUGACAUCCUGACCUUCCUGAAGAGUCCCAACGCUACCAGCGCCACGAGUGGGUAA